AUGCUCUUCUUCCUUGCCAUUUUGGUAGUGGUGGCGGCUUCGACUGUGUUCUACAAAGUAGACCCCGAAGAGGUCGGGGUGGUGAUGCGCUUCGGCAAACACGUGGCAACCUCGCCGCCGGGGCUGCAUUUCAAGUUGCCGUUCCCGGUCGACGAGGUCAUCCAUGUGCCCACUCAGCGCCAGCUCACCGGCGAGUUUGGCUUCCGAACGCAAAAAGCCGGCGUGCGCACCCAAUUCACCAACAAGGGCUACGAGGCCGAGUCGAGCAUGCUGACCGGUGAUCUCAACACCGCGGUGGUCGAGUGGGUGAUCCAGUACCGCAUCGUCGAUCCGGUGAAGUUCCUGUUUACGGUGCGCAACCCGAUCCCGACCUUCAGUGACAUGAGCGAAGCGGUAAUGCGCGAAGUGGUUGGAGACCGCACGGUCAACGAGGUACUGACCGUUGGCCGGCAAGAGGUCGGCUCGGUGGUGCACCAAAAGCUUCAAGCGUUGUGUGAGCAGUACGAGAUCGGCCUGCAGGUCGAGCAGGUGCUGCUUCAAGAUGUCACCCCGCCCGAUCCGGUCAAGCCGGCCUUCAAUGAAGUCAAUCAGGCCGAGCAGGAGAAGGAGAAGCUGAUCAACGAGGCACAGUCCGAGUACAACAAGGUGGUGCCACGGGCCAAGGGCGAGGCCCAGCAGACCAUUCUCGCCGCCGAAGGCUAUGCCACCGACCGGGUCAACCGUGCCGAGGGCGAGGCGAACCGCUUCGAGUCGCUUUACACCGAAUACCGUAAGUCCCCCGAGGUCACCCGCAAGCGGAUCUACCUAGAGACCAUGGGCGAGGUGCUACCGCGCUCGGGGCGCAAGAUCGUUGUCGACGACUCGGUUCGCGGCGUCCUACCGUUGCUCAAUCUGGAUGCCGCCCGGGCCCGCCCGCGGCAGCAGCCUGCGAGUGACGGAGGUGCAGGAUGA